AUGUGGCAACCACCACCGAUGCCUGUGCCCGCCUCCGCUUCCUGGGGCCUGACCAUCAGUCACGCCGAUUUCGAAAAACUCAAGACUGGUCUCGAGCCUCUGGAUCAGGACGACAAGUGGCGCUACAAGGCUACAUAUGAUGAAGAGAACGAUACAGUCACCAUUCACAUCAUUCGAGUCGGCAUGGGGCAUGAGCUCUACUCAAUCACCAUCAAAGCGGACAACAACGGCAACGGUAACGACAAUAAUACCAUCGAGACCAUUCACUGGUCGCAGGAUCAGGGCGGAAACCCAAUAUCAGAAGUGUUGGCCAAGAAGCAAGUGGUGAUUCUCAGCAGAUGCAACCUGGAAUGCCAUUUUGAGGCGGCUCCCGACUAUGACUCUGAGGACUUUUUUGAUGAGCCUGCUGCAGAUAUUGUCCACAACAUCAAUGGCAUCAAUGGUAUCAAUGGCACAUCAUGA